ACUGUUUCUAUGUAGAUGGCUGUACAGGUGGUUUUUAUUUUGAUGCUCCCUGUGGUUCUUUGCCUUUCACCUUCAUUUAUUGAUCUGGAACAGAAACGCAGUAAUGGAUCAUCCAUACGGUUCCUGGUGGUGGGUGACUGGGGUGGGGUACCCAAUGCCCCCUUUGUCACUCCGAUUGAGUGGGCUACAGCACAAGAAAUGGGUCGCACUGCCCAGCAGCUCGGGGCUGACUUUGUUUUAGCUUUGGGCGAUAACUUUUAUUAUAAAGGUGUGAAGAGUGUGGAUGAUCCCCGGUUUCAGGAAACGUUUGAGCAGGUCUACACUGCGAAAUCUCUUAAUAUUCCAUGGUUUGUUGUUGCUGGCAACCAUGACCAUGCAGGAAAUGUUUUAGCUCAGAUCCAGUACAGUAAAAUGUCUCGGAGAUGGAAUUUCCCGUAUUAUUACUAUGAGCUGAAUUUCCGAAUUCCUAAUUCGGAUGCAACGCUGCAGGUGCUGAUGUUGGACACGGUGCUGCUGUGUGGAAGCACAGAUGAUUUUCAGGAUGGGAAACCCAAUGGUCCCCCAAGCAGCAUUUGGGCUAACCGUCAGCAGCAGUGGCUGCAGGAGCGCAUGCGCCAGUCCAAAGCUGACUUCCUUCUGGUGGCUGGGCACUACCCAGUGUGGUCGGUGUCUAAGCAUGGGCCCACUGAGUGUUUAUUACGCAGACUGCGCCCCCUCCUGACAAAGUACAAAGCUACAGCGUACCUGUGUGGUCAUGAUCACAACCUGCAGUAUUUUAAGGAGUCUGGAGUUGGUUAUGUGGUGAGCGGUGCUGGAAACUUUAUGGAUUCAGAUAUGAGCCAUCGUAAUGCUGUUCCUCAAGGUUCACUGAAAUUCUUUACGGGAAAAGCAUCUACACUGGGUGGCUUUGCCCACAUGGAGCUGACUAAGAACAAACUGGUCAUUACCUUCAUCCAGGCACGUGGAACAUCACUUUAUCGCACUGUACUGCCAAAAAGAGACCUGUAGUUCUUUUACUUUAUUUUAUAAAUAUUUUAAUUUCUGUAGUUUACACUUUUCUGUGUUGAUUCUAUUUAAGUUUUAAAUCUGACUUAAAUUGUACCUUUUUAUUGGUUUGAACAAUAAAUAUUUUAAAUAAA